AUGUUCUGGAAUGGUGCAUUUCCAACCCUAGUUUGCCCGUCAGAGAUUCAGCGAGCAAACAGAGCUGUUCCAGCAGGAGGCCUUAAGUCUUCUAGAUCUAUUAAAAUGGGACUAAACUUGAUAAAGGUUUGGAUGCCAGUUUUGCUUCUUGUUUCCAUCGCUGCGGGCUCUAAUAUUUGCACUUCUAGAGGAGUCAGUACCUGUAAAGAAUGUCUUUCGAUCCACCCGACUUGUGCCUGGUGCUCUCAGGAGGUCUUUGAAAAGGGAGGGUCGGCCUUGUCUCGCUGCGAUCUGAAAGACAAUCUCAUUCAGUCUGGAUGUGCUGGGAAGUUUAUUGAGUUUCCGGUCAGCAGUAUGAAAAUAAUUGAGAACGUACCGCUGAGUGACAAGGCUGGGGGUUCAGGCAGUGACAUCACCCAGAUCCAACCUCAAAAAAUACAGCUCACCCUCAGGCCAGAUGAUUCAAAGAAAUUCACCAUCACAGUGAAGCAGGUAGCUGAUUACCCGGUUGACCUGUACUACCUUAUGGACAUGACCAACACCAUGAGGGACGACCUGCAGACACUGUAUGCUCUGGGCAACAAUCUGGCCGGAGCUUUACGUGGCGUCACCAGUAACCUGCGCAUGGGAUUUGGAGCAUUUGUAGACAAAACUCUCUCACCAUACAUGUACAUUUACCCACCAGAGGUCAUUACGAAUCCGUGCUAUAAGGCUUCUGAAACCUGCCCACCACAGUUCGGCUAUCGUAACGUGCUGUCUCUGACAGAGCAGGUAGAGCGGUUCACUGAGGAAGUAAAGAAACAGAAAGUAUCCCGAAACAGGGACUCUCCUGAGGGUGGAUUUGACGCAAUCAUUCAAGCAGUAGUGUGCAAGGAUAAGAUCGGAUGGAGGUCUGAUGCAUCUCAUUUACUGGUCUUCACAACUGAUGACAAAAGUCAUUCGGCUUUGGAUGCCAGGCUGUCUGGAAUUGUCCAGCCCCAUGAUGGAGAGUGCCACAUCAAUGACCAGAAUAUUUAUGACAAGACCACCAUACUGGACUACCCUUCAAUUGGCAUGAUCACGGACAAGAUAUCUGAGAACAAUAUCAACCUCAUCUUUGCUGUAACCAACAAUGUGGUCCCACUGUAUCGUAACUACAGUGAGCUGAUUCCAGGUUCAGCAGUGGGAACGCUCUCUAGAGACUCAUCGAAUGUUGUGCAACUCAUUCUGGAAUCAUAUGCGAAAAUCAGGUCUAAGGUCGAGCUGGAGCUGUUGAAUGUGCCAGAUGAGUUAUCGCUGUUCGUCACUGCAACAUGUCUGGAUAACGAGGUUAUUCCAGGAGUACGGUCCUGUGAUGGACUCAAAAUCGGAGAUAUGGUUUCGUUCAGCAUUGAGGCCAAACUUCACGGCUGUCCCAAACAGAAGAGUCAGACUUUCACUGUGAAGCCGAUUGGUUUUAAAGACGCUCUUCAGGUCACUGUGAACUUUGCUUGUGAAUGUACCUGUCAGCAGAACUCGGUGCCUGCCAGCCCAUACUGUCAUGAAGGCAAUGGGACGCUGGAGUGCGGCACGUGCCUGUGCGACCCGGGCCGACUGGGCUCCCGAUGCGAGUGCACUGAGAGCGAAUAUAAACCCACUCAACAGGACAGCUGUAGCCCCAGUCCAGAGGCACGGACCUGUAGUGGACGUGGAGACUGUGUGUGCGGUCAGUGUGCCUGCCGCUCAAGCAAUUUUGGAAAAGUUUGGGGUCCGUUCUGUGAAUGUGAUGACUUCAGCUGCCCUCGCUCUAAAGGACAACUGUGCUCAGGUAAUGGUGAGUGUAACUGUGGCCUGUGUCACUGUGCCUCUGGAUGGUCCGGCGAGAGCUGUGACUGCUCCACCCGCACUGACACCUGCAUGGGCAGCGGAGGCUUGAUGUGCAGUGGACGCGGUCACUGUGUGUGUGGAGUCUGUGAGUGCACUCAACCAGGAGCUUACGGCUCCUCCUGUGAUAAAUGCCCCACCUGCCCAGAUGCCUGCACCAUCAAAAAGGAAUGCGUGGAGUGUAAACACUAUAAAAGAGGGGGUCUCUUUGAGAAGAACUGCAAUCACGUCUGCAGAGAUGAAAUUGUGCUAGUUGAAGAGCUGGGAUUUUAUGAGACAAACGCAGUGAACUGCAGUUAUAAGGACGAGGAUGACUGUGUUCAGAACUUCCAGUAUUAUGAAGAUGCCAGUGGAAAAUCUUUCCUCUAUCUUGUUAAAGAACCAGAGUGUCCGAAGGGUGCUGAUGUGUUAGUGGUUGCACUCGCUGUAGUUGGUGCCAUCCUGCUGCUGGGUUUGGCUGCUCUCUUGAUCUGGAAACUGCUGAUCACCAUUCAUGACAGGCGCGAAUUUGCAAAGUUCGAGGAGGAGAAAGCCAAGGCCAAGUGGGAAGCGGCUAAUAAUCCACUCUACAAAGGAGCCACCACCACCUUCCAGAAUGUAGCAUAUCGUGGCAGUUAAGAAAAACACGACGACUGCUUGUGUCGAGGACAGCUACUGAUCUCACGUCUUUGCCAAUCACAGUUGGUUUUACUCAGGCUUGUGACUGGAAUUGAAUUGUGCCGACUAAUUCAGAAUGUACCAAAAGUUUUUAAUAAAUUAUCACCCACUUACACUUUUUACUCUGUUAUAUUUGCUAAAAUCAUUAUAGUUCUUUUUUUUCUCAUUAAUGUACACCCAGCACCCAGUAUUGACAGAAAAACACAGAAUUGUUGACAUUUUUGCAGAUUUAAAAAAAAAGAAAAACUGAAAUAUCACAUGGUCCUAAGUAUUCAAAGCCUUUGCUGUGACACUCAUAUAUUUAACUCCGGUGCUGUUCAUUUUUUCUGAGCAUCCUUGAGAUAGUUCUACACCUUCAUUUGAGUCCAGCUGUGUUUGACCACACAGCUAAAAUAAUAGAGUGGCUUCACAACAACUCUGUGACUGUUCUUGAAUGGCCCAGCCAGAGCCCUGACUUAAACCCUAUUGAGAAUCUCUGGAGAGAUCUAUAAAUGGCUGUCCAACAACGUUUACCAUCCAACCUGACAGAACUUGAGACGAUCUAGGAGGAGGAAUGGCAGAGGAUCCACAAAUCCAGGUGUGAAAAACUUGUUGCAUCUUUACCAAAAGACUCAUGGCUGUAUUAGAUUCAUAGGGUGCUUCUACUAAAUAAUGAGCAAAGGGUCUGAAUACUUUGGACCAUGUGAUAUUUCAGUUUUUCUUUUUUAAUAAAUCUGCAAAAAUGUCACAUUUCUGUGUUUUUCUGUCAAUAUGGGGUGCUGUGUGUACAUUAAUGAGGAAAAAAUAACUUAAAUGAUUUUAAUAAAUGGCUGCAAUAUAACAGAGUGAAAAACGUAAGGGGUCUGAAUGCUUUCUGUACCCUCUUUAUACCUAGCAGCACAGCUGUUUAUUCAAUUCAAUUCUUUAUUUCUAUAGUGCUUUUUACAAUGUAGAUUGUCAAAGCAGCUUAACAGAUGAAUAGAGAAUAAAAAGCCAUCAUAUUUCAAACUGUGGAACAAUUCACAUAGUUUACAACAUUGAUAAUAAUAAUAAUAAUAAAUGUUUACUAAACACCAACAUGUAACACUGAUGAGUGCUAAAACACUCAGUGGAAAUGCAAAUAUAUUUCACGUUAACAUUCUUUUACUGUAUUUGAUCAAAUAACUUAUUUUAAAAGCAUAAAUCUUACUGACCAAAACUUUUGAACAGGGUUGUAUUUUUUUGAUUAAUUUAACCAUCCUCCUUUUCUCGGCUCAGAUUAAAAUCAGGUGCUGUCAUGUACAGGCGAGGAGAAGGAAAAAAUGUGAUGUACCUAUAAAAAUAGUUGUUUACAUUAUGUUUGUUGAUUUAAAAAACAGAAAUCCAGCAAGAAAACAUGCCUUACCAGGUAUAGUUCAACCCAAAAUUAACAUUUGCUGCAAUUUACUCAAUAAAUAAAUAAAUGAAUAAAUAACUAAACAAGAAGCAGGUGCACAUAGUAUUUAGUAACCCUGACCACAAUGGAGUAAACAAAAACAGGAAAUUAAAUAAGCAUGUGACAAACAAUAAACACUGAAAGCAAUGGACCAACAGAAAUCAAACUCAAACACUAGAUUGUGUUUAAACCACACUUUGAAAUGGGAUUACAUAAUAAGAGUCAUAAAAUGAAUAUAUAUUACUUUAUUUUAUUUAAAACACCAAUGGUCAGCAAAGACCUUUUACAUUAAUCUGCAUAGACUGAUAUGUGAAAUAACAUCAUAAAUUAUGCUUGAUUCCAAGAAAUAUAUUGAAAAAAAAACAAGAAUUUAAAAAGUAAAUAAAAAACACAAUGUUUAAAAAUAAAGAUAAUUUUUUAUUGUUAUACAAAUUUAUAAUAAAAUUUAUAACAUUUUGGACAAAAACAGAUUCGUUUUUAUGCUUAAGUUCAUGUGUUUUUACACUCAAAUGUGGAGUGGAUGAUCUUUUGAUCUAUGUGUUUCACGGUUGACAAAAUGUAAAUAUUUCAAUAAUAGGAAAACACUUUAAUCAUAUUAUUCCAAAGUCACUUAUACGAAAAGAGAAUGAAUGAAUGAAUGAAUAUAUUAGCUAAUAUUUUUAGCACAUGUUAACAAUGCUGUAAUGCUGUUGGUGUUUCUUACUGUACAUUCCUGCACUAAUUACUUUAAGUUGUACUUCUGGGAUUCAUUUGCUGUAUUUUAAAGUGAUUCUUUAGGCUACAUUACAUUACAAAAUUUGUCAUUUUAUUUGUUUAAAGGUGAUGUGUGUGUGUGU